GAAGUUGAGGGAAAAGCUCUGGAAGUGAAGGCCGCUGAAUCAAGAGUGAGAGAUGAGGUGAAACUACAGCUUGAAGAACUGGAACAAGAACGCAUACAAACGGCCAAGUUAAACAACACAAUCUCACAGCUUCAAAGAACCAUUGCCGAAAAGCAGUUAGAGUACCAGACCGACUGUCGUAAUUUAGAAGACGAGGUCAGAAGAGCAAAACUUGAAAGCAAGCAGUACAAGGAUGAGAUCCAGAAACUGAAAGAGGAUGAGGUGCGGAGAGUUGGCAUGCUUCACUCAGCCUUUGUGUCUUACUUUAAUGCAUCCCCAACAUCGCCCGGAGCAUUACCUGCAGAAAAGUUGUAACAUGUGUUUGAGCAUGUUAUUUUAAAUUUACCGAUUUUAUUUUUAAAUUUUUUUUCACAAAAGAACAUAGGAAAGAAACUGCAAGUUGUAAGGGAAAUGAAAUGUAUUCGAAUACUUGAGAUUUGCUCACUUCUCAAGACAAUAAAGCAGUCGCAUUGAUUACAAUAGUUUACACUGCCAUUAUGAAACAUAAAAUGAUCACUUAGUUUGAAAUAUAAUAACAUUAUCUUCGAAACAGAUAAAGUAGGACAUGUAUAGUGUGAGGUGUUUGUUUCAUUACUAUUAUGAUUUGGUUUCAGUCUAUAAACUCUGACAAUGUGGCUUCAUUGCUUUUUAACUGUAGACUGUACAUUUUCACUUAGAAAGCUAUGUUAAACCCAUACAUGGCUUAGUGAUUAGAAAUUGUAUAAAAUGUUCAGAGAAAUACCAGUUAAGAAAUAUUACAGAUAUAUCACAUGUACCCUGAAUUGCUCCAUUAGUGGUAUCUCAUAUUGACUAUUAUAAUUUCACAAGGAAAAAAGGCCUUUUAGACUAAGUAGCUAUAUGCUUAAUUAGGGUAUGAUUUGAAGUUUGUCUUAUUUACCAUAUGUGGUGGCUGGUGUAUAAUUGUGACAUGUUAAUUCUUGGACAUUGAGCUGCAUUAUAGUGAAGUUAUGUAAAGAACCAGCUUCAUUCUACUCAAUUAUAAAUUGGUACUUGUUAUUUUUAGAAAGUGUGGAUUGUGCAUAGACAGUUAUUGCUAUUAAGCUUUUUUUUCUUUUCUUUGUUCUUUUUUCAGAAGUAUCACAUUUUUGUUAUAUAAAGUUAGAUGAAUAUUUAUGGACAUGGCUUUGUAUUUUUUUAGUAAAUGAAUUUUCAUGUUUUGAUACAAGAAUGCAAGAAACAUGUUAGAUCUGAUGUUUGCAAAAGCUUUAGACAGAAUGAAUAUAUAUGUAUAGUAAUAUAAUGAAAUGUAUGUAUACUCUUUCUAGUCAAAUAAAUGUAAUAUGACAA